AUAAAAUGAUAGACAAAGCAAUUGAGCUCAGGACACAAAGAGGUACAAGGUCUGUGUUUUAUCAUGUUCUGAAUGAUUUGGUGGAUAAGAUAUAAAUGUUUUCAAAGAGAGAAUGAAUAUUGAGGAACAAAAGAAGGAUUGAAGCCACUGUUCAUCUGAAGAGAAGAAGAGUAAGACUAGUAAGAAGCUGAGUGUUGUCCGUAAUCGACCUUCUAGAGUUAAGAUUGUGAAGACGAAAAUGAGAACGAAUUCUAUCCAUAAUAUAAUGAUAAGUUCAAAAUAAAAUGCAAACACCUGGUUCAAGGAUCCAGCCACCCUUCAGCCCUGCAGUCAGACUUUCGAUAAAAAGGAAAGGAUCUUUAGCAAACUCAAUUAAAAGGCAGGACAGAAAGAGUAUAGCUCAAUUGUCAAAUGAAAUUGAUCCCUCAGUAACACAAAGAAAGGAGAUGAAAAAGAGAAUUAACACAGCUAUUAAGAAAACAAUGAGAGUUAUGAUGGGCAGACGUAAGAAGAUUGUUAUUACCCCGAAUCAGUCACUCCGGUACAAUGAAAGAGUUCUCGGAAAACCUGCUGCUCGUUAUAAAAUGAAGCAAAAGCUAAAUAAUUCAGAAACUGUUUUCAGAAAAGAGGGAAUUGAGGAAAGUACCAAGCAUAAAUAGACGGAAAUAAUCUCUCUUUUGAUAAGAAAAGGCUGGCUUUGUUAAGCCAGCCCAAAAGAAUGUUUACAAGAUCCAGGAAGUCAUCAAAUACUUCUCCUAAAUUUAGCUUAGCAAUGACGCCAAACUAUCUUAAGAAUUUACGAUGAAGUUUUAAGCUCCCUAAUAAGUUUUCGAAGUUGGCAAAUCUCAAAUAUUGUGAAACUCUGGCGAAUAUUGGAAAAGCAAAUAUAUAUGGUAUAAAGCUAGAUGAGCUUCCUUCACUCCAGACUCAGUUCACCAAGUACCAAGACCUACUCUCAGAAAAGGAGCGGCUUAAAUUGAAGAGGACGUUCGCUGGUAACGAUGCAUAA